AUGGUGUCAAAGCCAUGGCGAGGCUUGAGACAUCUAGCUGUCGUCGUCACGCUCCUGCUCAUGAUAAUCUGUCUCCAACAGACCGCAUCGGAAGAGCUCCCGCCGGUGGUGAGCGUGGAGAGCUUCGUGCACGCCGCGGACCACGACGGCGACGGCGAGAUCGGCCCCGAGGAGGCCCACCAGCUAUGGGCGAGAGUGCUGGAGGAGGAGAAGCGAUUCGAGGAGCAGGAAGCGGAGGCGGAGGGCGGAGAGCGCGAGCGCGAGGCGGGUGAGAACGAGGCGGGCGGCGGCGAGUCGAGCAUGGCGGAUCCCAUGUCCGACCACCGGCUGGACAUGUCGUUCAGCUAUGGCGGCAGCAGCAUCUCCACUGCCGAGAUGAGCGAUCAUCUGAGCCACAUGCUGACAGGCGAGAAGGUGGUCGCGUGGAUCAUUCACGGCCUACGUCUCCCCCAGUACGCGGACGUCUUCAGGGCCAACUCAAUCGACGGCCUGGAUUUCCCCACGCUUAUAUCCGAUAACGGAACGUUUCUUAAAGAGGACCUGGGGGUGAAAAGCGCGCUGCACCGGCAUAAAAUCCACACGGCGAUUUUCCGCCAGGUGUUCGGCUUAGGGAAGGCGCCUGGUGCUCCCACCAACUUAGAGUGCGAGUCAGCUGGGUGUGGUGCCAUUGCUGUUCAGUGGGACCCGCCAGCCAAUCCUGGUGUGCCACCUGUCCACAAGUACCUUAUCCAGAGACGCGUGGCAACGCGCGUGGCGUCGUGGAAGGACGUUGGGGACACGUCAGAAGACGCGUGGCUAGAUUCGGCAGGAUUAAAGCCGGGGACCGAGUACACGUAUCGGAUACAGGCGUGGGGCGGGCAUGGGCCUUCGGAGUGGGUGGUGCUUGAUCAUUGUAGAGCACCCAUAGCAGCAGGAGCAGAGGGGCACAGCCACCCGCAUGGAUCAGACGCAGUAGCCGUUUCUGGAACGGAGAAGGAGCAGGGAUCGGUUGGGACGUGGCAGAAACGGUUGGAGUCGGUUGGGGGCACGGAGUACAUCUUGAGCAGCUCAGCAGCGCAAGGACCAGGGGAUAGAGCAGCAGUGGAAGUAGUACGAAGAGCGAGAGCAGGGGCGGCCGGACAGCAGGGCGGCGGGAGCGGAGCAGCACAGUCGGCAGAGCAAAGCGCGAAGGAGACGGCGCAGGAGGCGGAGAGGCAGGGGGGAGCGGGUUCUUCUUCCCCCCUCUGGAGUUUCAUUUGGUCGGUCAACGGCGGGAUUCUCGUGCUGGGGAUUUUCUCCCGCCAUAGCUUCUUCUUCCGCUUCGCUGUUAGCUUCAAAUACAGGUGUAACGCGGAAGGCUGUCGCGUGCGGUUUGAUCGCUGGUACACACUAGACGGGCUGAGGCACAGCAUUCUGAAGCACUACUGCCGCGAGUGCCAGGGCGUGUACUGUGUGCGCCACACGCGCAUCUCCCCCCACUCCUCCCGCACCCAGUGCGGGCUAGACAGCCACUGCCUCUGCUUCUCCUGCUACGCGCGCCUCCCUGCGGAGCUGCAGCUUCGGGCCGAACGCAUCAACAAGCUUCGGGUGGGGCCGGCGGCUGGGAGUGGGAGCAGCAGCAGCGCCAGCUUGGGGAGUAGCUUCGGCGGCAGCGGAGGGGGCGGAGGGGGGCGCAACGGUGGGGGGAAGAACGGGGAAGGGGUUUUAAACAGCAGCGGCAAUAGCAACAGUUUUAGCAGUUCAGGUUAUGGCAGCAGUGGUAGUACUCGUGCUGGUGGCAAUGGCGAUGGAGGGAAAGGAGUGGGAGGGAAGAUUUCUCCCUCUAGCAGCUGGAUGACUCUUCUGGGGCGCCGGAAUAACGACAAGAGCAGUGGGGCGGAGAAGAGCAGUAAGGAGAGGCAUGUGGGUGGGUCGUUGCCAGAGAGUGCAAGCACAUCAGGCUCGGAUGAGUCUCACGGCACAGCUUCAGGUGGAGCAGGGGCAGCAGGAGCGACCGGGGUAGCAGGGGCAGGAGGAGCAGGAGGAGCGGUAGGAACGGGGGUGUGUGGUGUAGGCUCAGCAGCAGCAGCAGAAGCAGCAGGGGAGGAGCAGGAUACGGGCAUGGUGGAGCUGUCUUUAGCAGCAGGUGACGCAGCAGCACAUGUUCUGACCUCUCCGCGACCUCUUAACCAGACAGGGAGCCUUAAAGAGAGGAGGAGAGGGGCGGGGGGAGGCGCAGGGGGAGGGAUGGUUAUGAAGAAAUCGCUUUCAUUGGCUGCUGGGGUGGGGUUCAAUGGGGCUGCUGACAGGGCCGUGCAGGGAGAUACUGCUGUGCAGCGGGCGCCAAUCGCUGCCUCGUUCUCUGCGGACUCGCAGCUUCCGCCCUAUUCCCCUUCUCCUUGCCGUCAGGCAUCGCACUGCGAUGGAACAACCAGCGGGUCGCAAGCUCCUAGGCCGCCGUUAAGCGACUCGCAAUCGUCGCAAUUCCUAUCUAUUUCGUCGCACACACCAUCGUUAGAGUCGUCCUCACCUGCGAAUUCGUCACAACCACCGUCGCAACCACAAUCUUCGCCACAACCACUGCCGCAACCGCAAUCCCCAAGUGCUCCCGCCGUUCGAUCCGGUGGGAGCGAGCCUCCUACCGAGACGCCUCAAGACGCUAGCGGGUCGUACGCACUAUACAGUGCUCCGAAUGCGGGGCCUUCCGCCCCUGGGAACGCCGAGCAGGAAUGUACAGCGGCCCUGGGAGCUCCGGUUACAGUGUUACCACAGAACGAGGUUGCGAAUAAAACAUCGCAGAAUCAGCAGAUUGUGACAAACUCGCGCGAGCAGCAACCGCAGCAGACGCAGCAGGCGCAUCGAGUGCAUCAGACGCAGCAGGAGCAGCAGCGUAGCUUGCUCUUAGCACGCCCGCCAUUCCAAGCAGCCAUGGCGGCAGAAACCGCGGCAAGCAGAAAUGCUCCACCAGCAGCGCUAGUAGCCCCAUCAGUGGCCGCUAUUGGCGGCGGUAUUACCCCCCAUCAGACCUCGCACCAUCCCUCCGCUCACCAUGCCUCCUCAACCUCCUCUGCCUUCCUCCCGUCCUUUCGGUCCCUCGCCUCCUCGUUUAAGAAGCUCUUUAAGCGCCGCUCGCCGGCCGAACCUGUGCUGCAGCCUCGGCAGGAUGACGUGGCCGGUUUGGUUGCCGAGGCUACCCAACAGGCUCGGCAGCAGGCUGCAACCGAACUGGCUGCCGAGCCAAGCUCGCAAGAAGGAAUUUUCAGCAGAAUCAGCAGCGCCGCGGGCAAUUUUUUUAUUCAUCCGCCCAGAUCGCCGCAACUCGCUUCCAGCCUGGCAGAUGCGACAGGCACUGCCGGCCGGAGGCCGCACGUGGGGGUGGUGGACGGGGGGCUGGCGCAACGUGUCGGCAAUGCAGUUUAUCGUACUCGCACGCUCAACUUGUAUGCAGCCCCGCCAACGCCUGCUUCAGGUGCUGCUUCAGGUGCUGCUUCAGGUGCUGCCUCAGGUGCUGCCUCAGGUGCUGCCUCAGGUGCUGCCUCAGGUGCUGCCUCAGGUGUUGCCUCAGGUGUUGCCUCAGCACCAGGUGCUGCUUCAGGUGCACCUGGGGCAGGAGUUGCGCCGCAAUCUCCGCUCCAGCAGGGGAGCCUGGGGAGCGUGCGGACGUUUCACGUGUCUGAAGCGCUCAAACACCUGUGGGACGCAGACGCGGGUCUGGCAUUGUUCCGGUGGGCCAAGGACGUGCAGGGAGUGACGCCGGACGCUUAUGUGUACUCAACGCUCUUCGGGCUGCUGGGUAGGGGGCGGGACGCGGCGAAUCUGGCGCGGGUGGCGCAGGAGAUGAGGGAGGACGGGUGUGAGCACAAUGCGGCCACGCUGCAGUCGCUGGCGACGGCGUAUGGCCGUGCUGGGAGAUGGGAUGAGGCGCUCGCAACGCUGGCCAUGAAGGGUGGUGAUGGGCAGAGCGUGCCGCAUGAUCCCACUCUGAUUGGCCCCCGAGUGGAUGCUCUUUUCCGCAUGGGUCGCUACAGCGACGCCAUCACAGCAUUCACCGAUCUGCGCAGCGCGGGCCACGUGCCUGAUUCCUUCGUGUACAACACCGUGCUCACCUGCUACGGCCGCGUGGGGAACUCAGUUGGGGCAGAGGAGGCGUUCAAGGACAUGAUUCGCCAUGGCGUGCCCCUGGAUGUGCGGUGUGCCAACAGCCUCAUGGAUGCGUAUGGGCGGACGGGGCGGGUGGAUGAUGCUAUGGCUGUGUUUGACCGCAUGUGCCUCGCUGCUGUUGCUGCUGGUGGGGCUGCUGUUGCUGCUGGUGGGGCUGCUGUUGCUGCUGAUCAAAUCACGUACAGCUGUGCCAUCCACCUUCUCAGCAUGGCCGGGCGGCUGACUGAAGCAGAAGAGACCUUCAAUGCGAUGCUUGUAGCGGGCAUGCGUCCCGACAGCAUCACAUGGGCCACCAUGGUGCAGAUGUGGGCCAGGGAGGCGAAUCCGGAAAGAGCGAGUAUGUGGUUCCGGCGCAUGGCAGCGGCGGGAUGUCGGCCGGAAACCCCCGCGUACAACUCGCUCAUGUGGGCGUUUGUGGGACGGGGCAUGUUCGACGAGGCUGGGGAGGUGCUGAGGGCGCUCAAACACGGCUGGGACCUGCUGGGGCCAGCAGAGAUGCUGCAGGGGCGAUGGGGGGAAAACCUGCUGGGGCCAGGGGAGGAACAAGAGGCGAAGCAAAGCGGAUCUGGCAAGUCAGUGUUCGGGUGGCUCAACCCAGGUGGAGCAGGCCAAAUAGGCCUCGGGAGUGUCCGCAAUGGUGCUGUUGCCGGUGUGGUUUCGCAGAGUAAAGCGGGGAGUGGGAAGCUUGAGGUGGCUCCGAACCUGAUGACUUACACCACGUUUCUGAGCAAGUGUACGAAAUCUGUCGCCCGCAGUGACGUGGCACGGCUGCUGCGGCUGAUGGAAGAGACAGAGCAUGUCGCCCACGCUGUGUUCCGACUGCUCAUGGAGGAGCCGUUUGGGUCCACUCACACACUGCUGCCAGCAGGUGCUGAGAGGGAUAGUGAGAGUGUUCCUUUGAGUGAUGCUGCAUGUGAAGCUGGGAGUGCUGCUAGUGAUGGGGAAACGAGAAGGUGUGAGGGAGAGAGUGAGGGAGGAAGGUGUGAGGAAGUAGGAUGGGCCGCUGUCCAAUCAGGAGCAGCAGAAUCAUCGCCUCUGCAUGAAUCAACACCAGCACACCGCUUGCAGUGGCAGCAGCCAUUAAAGGUAGCGGUGGUGACGGGGUGGGGCAAGCGCAGCCGGGUGCAGGGGGCGUCGCUGGUGAAGGCAGCGGUGGAGGCGCUGCUGCUGAGGGACCUCACAGCGCCCUUCUCCCUCCACCGCUUCCACCCCGGCUCCUACGAGGCCCCCGGUGCUGACCUCGAGCAAUGGCUGCUCACGCCAGUCUUAGCGGCCAGCGGGUCACGCGAUUCUGAACCGGCCUUGACCGACGCUUACCGGUCGCAACCCCUAUCUAUUCCGUCGCACCUGUCGUCGCUUGAUCGGCUCUUUUCUGCGAAUUCGUCGCACGGACGGCUUCCGUCGCAACCGUCGUCGCACUGUCUGUCGCAACGGCAAUCGCAAGCGGAACACGCUACUGGCGAUCCUCGUUCUGAGGCGUCCCAACACAAUGAUCGGCGGCCGUACGCGGUAGAGAGCGCUUCAGAUGGCGGACUGGCAGGUGCGAGGGUGGCACCGGGAGUGGCGGCAGCAGAGGCAGAGACGAGCUAUGGAGGGGCGACUAGGUUGCUGAGAGAACCUUGGGCUAGGGAGGGUUUUAGUGGGAAAGAAGGCAGAGCGCCGGGCGGGAGGGGAAGAGGGAGAGGGAGAAUGGGAAGGGGAGGCAUAGGCGGCAUGGAAUGGCAAGCAGAGGAGAGAGCGUUGAGGGAGAAGAGAGAGGCUGAGAUCCCAGCACAGCGACAGGACGUAUCAGCAGCUGCUGCUGCAGGGGAAAUUGCGGGUAGCAGCGGAAGGAGAGAAGCGCAGCGGGAGAGGGAGAGCAACAUAGUGUCUGUCAUUCUCAACAUGCUCAAAUACAUUCAGCCUCCCCCUCCCGCUGCUUCCCCUGGCACUCAAAUGACAGGGGUGCAACGGAAGGGCAGAGGGGGAAGAUUGGGUGUGGAUGAGAUGGUCGCGCGGCUGCAGCAGCACUGGCAGCACUGGCUGGCUCGCAGCAGCAGCAGCAGGGUGCGUCGCAGACACACGAUGAGGAGAAGCAGAAGCAGCAAGAGCUGGGACGAGGAGGGCAUGGGUAUUAGAAACCCUCAUUGGGACGAGGAGGGCACAGGCACAGGCACCAGCAGCAGUCACCGUGGAGGGUCCUUCGAGGAGGUGAAAAAGCCGCAAGGGAGGAGGGUGACGGCGUAUCACGUGAGCGAGGUGCUCAAGGCUCUCUGCGACGCUGACGCGGGCCUGGCGUUGUUCCGGUGGGCGAAGGACGUGCAGGGAGUGACGCCCGACGCGCAUGUGUACUCGAGCCUCUUUGGGCUGCUGGGGCGAUUGAAGAACGCUGCUGGACUGGAGGGGUUGGAGGGGGAGAUGAGGGAGGAUGGGUGCGGGGAGAAUGUGAUCACGCUGCAGGCGCUAGCUGCUGCGUACGCGCGUGCAGGGAGAUAUGAGGAGGCGCUUGCGACAUUGGAUGAGAUAGAGCACAAGGAUGAUUCGCUCAGCCCGUUCUCGUUCGGCGUGCGAGUGGAUGUGCUAUACCGCAUGGGGCGCUACCGGGAAGUGAUCAAGACGUUCCACAAGAUGCGGGAAGCAGGCUAUGCCCCCGAUGCCUUUGUCUACAGCACAGUGCUCACCUGCUACGGCCGCCUGGGGAACAUCAUUGGCGCCGAGCUGGCGUUGAGGGAGAUGCUCUCCCAGGGGAUGCCGCUCAGUGUGUUCUGCGCCAACAGCCUCAUGGAUGGGUAUGGCAGGGCUGGGCGGGUUGAUGAUGCCAUGGCUGUGUUUGACCGCAUGUGCCUCGCUGCUGUUGCUGCCAGGGGUGCAACAGCAGCAGCAGGAGCAAGAGCUUCUUGCACCAAGGCUGCUGCUGAAGUGAUGAUAGCUGCACCAGCGCAACAUCUCACUGCCACCACCACCACCACCUCUCCUCGUUCCCCUCCCUCCAUCUGGCCGGGCCCAGACAUAAGCACCUACAGUCUGGCGAUCCACCUCCUCAGCACGGCAGGGAGGUUGUCCGAAGCAGAAGACACCUUUGAAGCGAUGCUGGUGGCGGGUAUAGAGCCGGACAUCGUAGCCUGGUCCACCAUGGUGCAGAUGUGGGCCAGGGAGGCGAAUCCGGAGAGAGCGAGUAUGUGGUUCAGGCGCAUGGCAGCGGCGGGGUGUCGGCCGGAAACCCCCGCGUACAACUCGCUCAUGUGGGCGUUUGUGGGACGGGGCAUGUUCGACGAGGCUGGGGAGGUGCUGAGGGCGCUCAAACACGGCUGGGACCUGCUGGGGCCAGGGGAGGAGCAGGACGAGAAUCAAAUCAGUAUCGGUUCAGCUUAUAAGAGGCCCGACAGCACUGAUGGGCUGGUAGAAAGCAGUGGGAGUGAAGGGGCUGCAAAGGUGGCGGAUAAAAGAUCCAACUCCACGAACCUGCCCAAUUCCGCGCCUGGCCUUGCGCCGAACCUGAUGACGUACACGAUGCUGCUGAGCGCAUGCACGGUGUCUAACGACCGCAGCGAGGUGAUGCAGCUGAUGCGACUCAUGCAGGCCACAGGGCAUCCCGCCCACUCCGUGUUCCAACUGCUCAUAGAGGAUGCUAUCGAGCAUCCCUCUCAUGCCAUUGACAAGCUGCUUACUGAGAGCUCCUUCGAGUCGAUCCCCAAGACGGUGGUUGAGAAGGCGGGGAGUGGUUUGGAGGGUGAUGGAAUGGCGAAAGAACCGGAAACGGGAAUUGCUGAGACGAGAGGGGGUGAGAGGGCAAGGGAAGAGGGUGGUGAUAGGGAAGUGGGGAGGAACGGAGUUGGAGGGGUAACGAAGAGAGGUUUGGUGGAGGUGGGGGUGAGGGGAUUGUGGGGGAAGUGUGAGGAGUGGUGGAAUAGGGUGGUGGGUGGGGAGGUUGGGAGUGGUUUGGAGGGUGAAGGUUCGGGGGUAGCAAGGAAAGGGGAACACGGUGACACGAGGAGAUGGGGAGAGGGAAAUAGUGAGGAGUGUGAUGAUAGGGAGGUAGGGAGGUGCGCAAUUGCACGGGUGUUGGACAGGGGAUUGGUGGAGGUUGAGCUGCAGCUGUACCCGAACAGUGUUCGGCUGCCCGCGAUUUACGGGCGGCAUGGAAGGUGUUCGGUGGAUCUGCAUGGCAUGUCGGCAGGCACGGCAGUGACAGUGACCAGGUGGGCGUUGGAGAAGAUGCGGCAGGCUGUGAUGGCCUCUGCUGCUUCAGGUGCUUCUUCAGGUUCCUUUGAUUCAUCGUUGGGACCAUCGAAGUCGACAGUCGCAGGAAAAACCGAUUUAAUGGCAGAGGCAACGGAUUCAGAAGAGGAAUCGGAGGAUGAUGACGAGGGAGCUGCAUCAGGAGAUAUGGACCCAGCAGGGACAUCGUUGAACGAAUCACGGCUGACAUGGCGGCGGCCGGGGAAGGUGGAGGUGGUGACGGGGUGGGGCAAGCGCAGCCGGGUGCAGGGGGCGUCGCUGGUGAAGGCAGCGGUGGAGGCGCUGCUGCUGAGGGACCUCACAGCACCCUUCUCCCUCCACCGCUUCCACCCCGGCUCCUACGAGGCCUCUGGUGCUGAUCUUGAGGCCUGGCUGCUCACGGCAGGUGUCGAGCAGUUAUUGGCUCCCCGGGACCAGGACUGA